AGCGUGACGUCAACUGAAGGAGGGAGCGUGUGUUCCGGUUCACGAACUGGGACCAGAGCAAAUCCUGAUCGAGACGGAAAAGAGUAGAUAUGUAGGACAACGGAGAGACUGAAAGGAACGGACUGGUUUACCUUUUAGAAACUUCUCCUGAAACUGGCGUCAGACGCCAAUUGAAAACAGCCAGCCGGAGAGGGAGGAGGAGAAGAAAGCCGGGCUGGAGUCGGGGGUUUGAAAUUACUCGCUUUGAUUAGAUAUCAGGUUGAAUGCCCGGCCCGCUGGCGCCCACCACGGUUGUUUCUCUGCGGGUGGAUGGUUGGAGGCGGCAGGCUUCAAGAACUGGGGCAGUGAAUACAGAGAGCCUCUGGCUUGUCGCCACCCGGAUAGCCAUCCAGGGGAACGGGGGAAGAGCCUUCGCCUGGAACCGCGAGAGCGCCUCUCCUCGACAACCUUCUGCGGGAUCCGCGAGACCCCCGCACUGAGAACCUACCAGGGGAACCGCGAGACUCCCUUCUCCUCCUGGAACCGCGAGAGCCCCUCGAGAACCUUCCACGGGAUCCGCGAGACCCCUUCUCCCAGAAACCCCUAGGAAUCGCUACCUCCGCCCGGACCCGCGAGACACUCUGUUCACCUCGAGAACCUUCCAGGGGAUCCGCGAGACCACCUUCUUACCCGAAACCCUCUGGAACCGCGAGACCACCCACCAAGACCCUUCUCCUGGAACCGCGAGACCCCCGGGAGUCCAACAGUGCCGCCGACCCCCUCGGAGCCCGAGACAUGUUUAACUGCAUUCCGCUGUGGCGGUGCAACCGGCACGUCGAAGCGGUGGACAGGAGACACUGUUCGCUCCUCGCCGUCCCUGAUGAGAUUUAUCGCUACAGUCGGAGUCUGGAGGAACUGCUGCUCGACGCCAACCAACUACGUGAACUGCCCAAACCAUUUUUCCAACUGGUGAAGUUACGAAAACUUGGACUAAGUGACAACGAAAUCCAGCGACUUCCUCCAGAAAUAGCAAACUUCAUGCUGUUAGUCGAAUUGGAUCUGUCUCGAAAUGAUAUUAUGGAAAUUCCAGAAAGUAUCUCAUUUUGCAAAUCAUUGCAAGUAGCAGAUUUUAGUGGCAAUCCAUUGACCAGGUUGCCUGAAAGCUUUCCUGAGUUGCGGAAUUUAACUUGUCUCUCCCUGAAUGACAUCUCCUUACAAGCGCUUCCUGAAAAUAUUGGAAAUCUUAUAAAUUUGGCAUCACUUGAGCUAAGAGAGAAUUUACUGACCUUGCUACCAGAAUCACUUUCCCUUCUCUGCAAAUUGGAAGAAUUGGACCUUGGAAACAAUGAACUAUAUACUUUGCCAGAAAAUACAGGAUCACUUUCAAACCUUAAGGAUUUGUGGCUGGAUGGGAACCAACUCGUGGAAUUGCCUGUGGAAAUUGGAAACCUGAAGAACUUGCUGUGUUUAGACGUGUCUGAAAAUAAACUGGAGAAACUCCCGGAAGAAAUCAGUGGACUUGGUUUGCUCACUGAUCUUCUGGUUUCACAGAAUCACUUGGAGGUUUUACCAAAUGGAAUUGGGAAACUAAAGCAUCUUUCCAUUCUGAAGCUUGAUCAAAAUCGUUUGGUUCAGCUAACAGAAGCUAUUGGUGAAUGUGGAAAUCUUACAGAGCUUGUACUCACAGAAAAUCAGCUAACGAGUUUGCCACGAAGUAUUGGAAAGUUGCGAAAGCUGACAAAUUUUAAUGUGGACAGAAAUAGAUUACUUUCCAUUCCUAAGGAGAUUGGUGGCUGCUGUAGCCUUAAUGUCUUCAGUCUACGUGAUAACAGAUUGACAAGAAUUCCACCAGAAGUUUCACAGGCAAUUGAACUCCAUGUGCUGGACCUAGCUGGAAACAGGUUGAAACACUUGCCAUUAUCACUGACCAGCUUGAAACUCAAGGCCCUUUGGUUGUCUGAAAACCAGUCACAGCCUCUUCUAACUUUCCAGACUGACGUUGAUGUUGAAACAAGAGAAAAGGUUCUGACCUGUGUGUUGCUUCCUCAACUGCCUUCUGAACAGAACAACUAUGCAGAUAACUUACCUCGCUGUGGAGCAUUAGAAAACUUGGUGAAUGACAUGUCUGAUGAAAUAUGGAACGAACGUGCAAUGAACAGAAUCAGUGCAAUACGCUUCUUAGAUGAUGAGGAUGAGGAAGAUGAUGAAGAAAAGGGUACACUUCUGAGGAGAGCCACUCCACACCCAGGGGAACUGAAGACUUUAAAAAAGACAGCAGAAAAUUUGAGGAAUGAUAUGAAUGCUGCUAAAGGACUGGACUCCAACAAAAAUGAGAAUUCUUCAAAAUGCCGACCGAAGUCACCAACACACUGUGCUGUUCCUGGCUGGGACUUAGGUGGUGUAUAUUGGGCUGUUUUGCCAUCCGGACGGCAAAUCCUUACCCUUGAACAGGAGUCAAAAAGGCCUCUGGUUCAUGACAGAUGGAGCAAUUGCAAAGCCAGUCCUGAGCAGGAGGCUGAGGAGGAAAUGGAGGAUCAAUUUGAGGAUGAACCUGUGUCUAAAUUUUCUGGCAGUCUAUUUGACACAGAAGAAGGCUUUCAACAGAAUCGCCACAUGAUAGCUUUUCUACAUGGUAAUCAAAAGCAGAUCAAAAUGCCAAGUAGCUCAAAUACCAGCAAACAACAGGUCUAUAAGCUGGCAAACAAUACUGGUGGAGAAAUUAAGUGUCCUGAGCGAAAUAAUUGCCAGCCAACACUUUUGAUAUCCACCGGAUUCAAAGAAACUUCAGCAAAGAAGCUCACUAUUACAGUGCACAGUCAAAUGGGAAGUCUGGGGAUCAGUAUUGCUGGAGGAAAAGGAUCAACGCCCUAUAAAAUCAGUGAUGAAAGAAUCUUCAUUUCCAAAGUAUCGAAGGGGGGUCCUGCUGAUCUUGCUGGUGUACAAGUUGGAGAUAUGGUACUGGAGGUCAAUGGAAAAAGUCUGCAAAAUGUUACCCAUCAUGAAGCAGUAAAUGUCUUGAGGAAUUCAGGGGCUGUAAUUAAGAUACUAAUUUUGAGGGACAGGGCGGUGACAACUGAUGACACAGACAUGAACAAUGGUGAAGCAGAUAUUGUAAAACCUCAUCAGACUGAAAAGUCUUGCUCUAAAACUCAGCCAGCUGCCAUCCACCAGCAACUAGAAAGUGGCAAUUUCUUGCUUGAAGGAAAGGCAGUAUCUACAUGCAAUGUAAAUAGCUUAGAAUCUGAAUCUGUGUCAUUGAAGAGCCACACCACAAAAUCUGCAAGUGAGAUGCCACUAAAUAACACCUCAUUCUGUGUUGUGAAAUAUGCAAUGCCAAUGCCACGCAUUAUCCUUACUUGCCCUUCAUCUUCAGAUGAGGAAUUGGAUCAGUUAACACGAGAACAAGAUGCCUAUGAUCCAGAAGAACUUGAAAACUCAGAGAGCAGUGACUAUUCAGGCUAUUUAAAUAGACCAUUUUAUCCCCUCUAAUCACUUACUGUGAAGAGUAAAGAUUUCCCCCAAAUAUUCCCCCCAAACAUUCACCAUCUUCAAGUAGACAAGAUGGCCUUACUACUUAUAUACAUAAUUAGUUAAAGGGGCCUUUCUGCAGGAGGCAAAAUUAGCACUUGGCAGUAAAUGGAUGGUGAUAUUGCACAUCAAUCAUGGUUUUUGUUUUCUGGAAAUUUGGUUGGUCACGUAUCCAAGUAACAAAAAUGGAAACUGGCAAAUUAAAGCAUGUGACUGCCUGAAACAUGAUAAAGUGCAGUGUAUGCAAACCCCCACGGAUCUCCUGGUCAGGAAACGCACUACCUUAUUUGUAAUUGUGGAAUAUAGGCCUGGAAGAUCCUUGAUCCUUGUUUGUUCACAAAUCUCAGGCCAGUACUGAGAUGCGUUAGUUGGACUCCGUUAUCAAUGUGUCAGAGAAAAUUUGUCACAAGUUCCUCUGAUUGCUUACGUCUAAUGAUGUUUUUAGCCAUAAAGUGAGGACCGGAUUACUUCUGCUGACAUUCACUACCCUGUCACCCACUGCCAAAAAGCCUGCCAAACUGAGCAAACUCACCUGAAGAAUGGGUAUUAUAGAGAUAGGGAGAAAGUUUGAGUGUUGAUAAAUUCAGAUUACAAGAUAAACCUAGCAGUUUUAAUCAAUAAAUCACAAGCAAAAUAUGAAUGUAAUGGGAAUUAUGGACUAUCCCUAAUUUCUUUCUUCCUAGGAUAUUGUUCCCUUCAAAAUUGAAUGUUGUCUUCUUUCAAUAAAAUGUAAAUAUCUAAAACAUUGACUCUGCCUUUAGUGUGCAGUCAUUUGAAAAUGAUUUAUUUUCUAAUUAGUUUAUGAUUUAUCUCCCUGCCACCU